AUGCACACGCCUCGAUACCAUGGGCGGUUGUAUCCUGGAUGGAGAUUGCCGUCGAUGCCCGAUUUCAACGAUUUGGAUCUGAGACUCAAUUCGGCACUAGAAGAUCAGAUCAAAGAUAGUCUGAAGAUACUACUCUCAAGACAGAAAAAGACCAUCUACCCAGAUCCAAACGAGAGCACAUUGCUUACACUACCCUUGCCUACAUCAACGUUGCGCACAUCAGCUUUGGCAGAAGCAACCGAGCGUGAGGAAGCAUCCGCGAAAAACUCUUCAGCCAACGACAUAGCCAGGCUUCGGGAACACUCGACAUCACCCAGGGACCGAAAAUCGGUCUCCCUCUCAGAGCGCAUUCAAGGCGUUCCUUCCGUACUCGGCUCGAGAAGUGCUGUCACCGCAGAAGAGGAUGGACUUCCCAAGAUGGGCUUGUCGGACCAGCCUGCGACGCAAUUAUCCGCCAGAUGCAGUCCUCGAACAACUCGUCAUAAGGUUACAACAUGUGACAUUGCGGAAUUGAUUCAGGGUGUGACGCAGGCCAGUAGCAUUGUCGUCGCGCACGAACCACAAUGCCACACUGCAGGAGCGCUUGAAAUUUACAUUGAGUACACCGCAGAAAUGGCAGCACCAGGUGCAAACAGAAACGAUUCAGAGAUUGUCUAG